AUGGACUCUAGACGGACGCCCAAGUUUCCCACCGAGCCUAACUGCAACUUUGGUGCUUCUGCAUUCAUCACAACCAAUAUCAAAAGGCAAUGUCUUCUUCAGUGGAGCAUUGGAGGUGAAAGCCCACAACCUCUUAUAAAUCUGGUCCGACGAUACUAUGACAAUGAACUAGAAAGGUUAAUUGAUCCGGCUAUUAAAGAUCAAAUUGAUAGUCGUUCUUUCGAUAUGUUUAAAGAAAUUGCAUAUGAGUGCAUUAGUUUCAAUUUAAUGGAACGUCCUACGAUGGGGAAGGUCGUUGAGAAGAUUGAGAAAGCAUUGAAUAUUCAAGAACCCCAAACGCCUGCUAGGAGCUUGUUGACUGAAUUCGACAGGAAUCUACAGACACCGCCAUAUGAGGAGAUUGCUGCUUUUAUUGAGUGUGUAGAUGGAGACAUUGGAUUUAGUGAUGGCAAACCUGUUGCAGCAUUUACUAUAUACAAAUGCCUACUCCAUUGGAAUUGUCUUGAAGCUGAAAAAACGAUUGUGUUUCAUAGAAUUAUUCAGAUUAUUCUUUCAGCAAUUGAGGAUAAAGAUAAUAAUAAUCUGAUGGCGUAUUGGUUAUCAAAUGCAUCUACUUUGUUAUUCUUACUCCACAAGACUCAUCAACCUCCAACUUUGCCACCAAUGGGAUUUCGUUCAUCCCAAUCUCCUGAGGAUGAUCUUGCUGAGGCUGAGCAUGACCCUGAACUUCAGGAUCAAAUUGAUAAUCAGAUGGCAUGUUGGUUAUCAUGUGCAUCUACUUUCUUAUUUUUAAUCCGGAAAAGUCUAAAACUUGAUGGUGCACCUUCAAUUCAGAAACCACUGUCACCAACUUUGGUAACUUUUUGUUCAUCCACGUCCUCUAAGGCUGAAACUGAGGCCGAGCUAGCUGAGUCUGCACUAGCUAUAGAAGUACAACAUGUUGAGGCCAAAUACCCAGCUUUGCUUUUCGAGCUCCAACUAACAGAAUACGUAGAGAAAAUGUGUGGCAUCAUUAGUGACAACUCAAAGAAGGAGGUGGGAUCAUUCCUUUCAUCAAGUAUUCAGGCUUCAAAAUCGGGAAUGCUAGGACAUCAUAGUUCUAAAAAUCACUGGCAUGGCAUUGUUGACUAUCUCAACACUCUUCUCAAAACAUUCAAAGAAAAUUUUGUGCCUACCACAAUUGUUAAGAAGAUACUCACUAAAAUUUUCUCAUAUAUCAACGUGCAACUCUUUAAUAGUUUUCUUCUAUACCCAGAGUGUUGUUCCAUUGCCAAUGGGCGCUAUGUGAAUGAAGGUUUAGCAGAGUUGAGGCUGUGGUGUCGUGAGGCAACGGAAAAGUAUGGAGCCUCAUUGUUCGAUGAACUUAAUCAUGUUAGACAGGCUACUCAAUUCUUGAUUAUACGUAGCAAAUGGGAGAUAUCAUAUAAAAGGAUCAACAAUCUAUGCUCUAUUCUAAGUGUCUCGCAGUUGCAUAAAAUAUGUACAACUGCGUGUUUCCAAGACAAGAAUUACUUAGGUGGUGGAUUUGAUGAAGUUAUUGCAAGCCUCGCCAUAAAGUCUGAAGAUCGUAAUAAUGCUUCAAGUCAUUCCCUUUUAUUGAAAGACAGUUCCAGCAUACAUUUCUCUGUUGAUGACCUCGCUGAUUCCUUGCAAGUAGAAGAUUUUGCAAAUGUUAAUCCUGCUAUAGGGCUUGCCAAAUUUCCAUUCGCCGCUUCCACAAACAGUCACACACCACCUUCUUCAUCUGAAGUCGUGUCUUUUCCUCAAGUUGAACCAGAAAUUACUAAUGAUCAUAUGAAGAGUUAUGACAUAUAUUUGCUAUCGAAUAAUUCUAAUGCAACUGCAGCUUCACCUCCAGGUCAGGGGCUACCAAAUCUUGGUGAUUCUCCACAGCAUCUGUCAUCGCCCAUUCCGUCAUCACCAACUCUCUCGACCAUGUCUCCAUCAACAACCACCACCGAGACUCCGGUUUCCUCCAUCCCGACGUCACCAACAGCCUCAUCUCCUGCCUUGAGUGAUCAACCCAGCUCCUCACCCCCUCCUCAAGGGGUUGUUACUAGAGGACGUGCUGGAAUCACUCGGUCUCGAAAAAUUAUUGAUGGGACUGUUCUUUAUGAUGCUACUAAGCGUGCCUUCAUGGUUGUUCCCUCCACACAUCACAUCGCUUCUGCUCACCCGGCAUGGCGCAAAGCCAUGGAAGCGGAAUUCUUGGCACUUCAACACAUUAACACAUGGUCAUUUGUGCCUCGUCCACCAGGUGUCAAUAUAGUGGGAUGCAAAUGGAUUUUCAAGCUCAAGCAACAUGCUGAUGGUUCUCUUGAUAAGCAUAAGGCCGUCUUGUGGCACGUGGUUUGA